AAACUCUUUUGAAAAUCAUAUUUCCAUUUUCAUCUAAAAUUGAUCGCAAAAAGUCUAUAGACACGAGUAAAACUAACAUCUUUGUGUAAAGUAGAAACCCAUAUAAAAGGGUUUUAUUUGAUCCUUGUCUCUCUCUCUUUUUUUUAUUGCUAUAACCAAACAAUGAAAUUCACUGCUGUUGCUUCAAUUGCUCUUCUUUCUUUAAACCAAGUGCUUGCAAAGCCAGCUGAAGGAUGUCUUCAAAACUACACAAUUACUGCUACUGAUUCAUGUGUCUCUGUUGCUGCAGCAUUCGAACUUACAGAAGCUGAGUUUUAUGCUAUGAAUCCCGGUCUCCAUCAUAGUAUCCAACAUGACUGUGAUAAUCUUGAUACGGGCAAGCCAUUCUGUGUGUGUAUGCAAGAGCCAUGCGUAAGUCGGCAUCAAAAUCCCAUUUUUCCUUAUCCAAUCUUUUGAUGCAGGUUCCUCUUCCUAAUAAUGCUUCCUCAACCAUCCCUGUUUCUGCUUCCGAUGUAUUGUCUUCUUCUUCUGCCAUUGCUUCUUCUUCUGAUAUGUUGUCUUCUUUCUCUGCUGUUGUUGCUUCUUCUUCUACUUCUUCUGUAGUAGCGAUUAGUACUACAUCGACAUCCUCAAGCUCUUCUGCCGCUACUCCUGCUGCAAGUGGUUCAAGUGCCACUCCUAUUGCUAGUCAAAGCACUCAAACUACCAGUGCUGCUAACCUGAACAUGGCAUUGGGCACCUUAACAUUAGGCUUAAUUAUGGCCGCUUGCUCUAUCGUUUUGUAAAACACCUUAUUGAU